AUGGCACACAUCGUCAGUCUGGAGAAUAAAAAUGAGAUCGUUCUCACAAAUGAAGACAAAUCUCCAAAAGUAACAACUAUUUCGGAGGACGAUUGGACUCCUGAAGAGGAGAGGAAAGUAAUGCGCAAAAUCGAUCUGCAUGUUAUGCCAUAUAUUGCGCUUAUCUACGGACUGUCCCUCCUCGAUCGCAACAACAUCUCAGCAGCUUACAUUGCUGGCAUGUCGGAGGACUUGGGACUUGGUAUAGGUAAUCGCUACUCGGUCGCAUUGUUGGCAUUCUUCAGUACAUACGCUUUCUCUGAAAUACCAAGUAACUUGAUCAUCCGACACAUCGGAGCCAGGUGGUGGCUAAGCUUCUUGAUCACCUGCUGGGGGCUUUGCGUCCUGUUCUCGGGUUUCGUUAAAUCAUGGAUAUCUCUGACCGCUCUGCGACUGCUUCUUGGAAUUUUUGAAGGCGGCUUGUUUCCGGGUGCCAUAUUUCUCAUAUCUUCAUGGUACAAAACUUUCGAAAUGGGCAAAAGGCUGUCAUUUUUCUACAUGGCGUCGCUCCUGGCGUCCGCUUUCGGUGGAAUUCUUGCAUAUGGCCUAUCCCUGAUUCGCGUUGGUAGCGGUCAAUAUCAAGAAGGUUGGAGAUGGAUUUUCAUCGUUGAAGGCAUCGUUACUGUCGUCUGCGGACUCUUGGGUCCACUACUACUCGGCGAAUUUCCAGAACGCGCCCUCUGGCUCAACGAGCGCGAGCGUCACAUUGCAAUGACACGGAUCGCAAAUGAGCGAUCGGGCCACGAAUACGAGCACCCAACUAUACGGCAGGCGAUGAGAAUGCUUCUAGAUUGGAAGCUUGGAUUCUAUUGUUUACAAUACAUCAUUACAGCAUCAUCCGUUUACUCGUUGGCUUAUUUUAUACCAAUCAUUCUAAAUCAAGGAUUGGGCUUCAAAUACGUCUUGGCUCAAGUUCUCACCAGCCCACCAUAUCUGUUCACAGUGAUCAUGACUAUUGCGUCGGCGUGGCUCUCUGACAAGUCUAAGCUCCGAUGGCCGUUUUUAUGUUCACAUUCUGCAAUUGGUAUCACUGGCCUUCUGAUAGUUUUAUACGCCAAACCUCCUGGUGUUCGCCUUUUCGGCACAUUCCUUGCAGUCUUUGGUACUCAAGCAAAUGUUCCCGGAACUUUGGCAUAUGCCCAGAAUCAAACAGCGUUGCCGCAAAAGAAGGGUGUCGUGGCUGCGGCUACCAUUGCAGCUGGUGCCAUUGGCGGAGUGAUAGGAUCUACAAUUUUUCGCGCUCAAGACAAGCCUAGAUAUAUGCCUGGGAUGUGGGCCACGAUCGGGAUGCAACUGGUAUACCUUUUUGGAACGAUGGCAGUGAGCUUGAGGCUUGCGAAGAAGAAUCGCGAAGCUGAUGAAAAAGGUGUUAUCUUGGAAGGAGUUCCUGGAUUCAGGUAUGCACCAUGA